UUUUACAUUGUGUCGUUGCUUCGAUUUUUCUGUGCGGUGUUUGUGGCUUGUGGUUUUUUUUUUAAAUUAUUGCAAAGUGCUGGAAAUAUUAUAAAAAGCCUUACAAUACUAAAUUUUCAAAUCAAAGAAAAAUGUCUCUUGAUGUACAAAUUAAGAAUGAGAAUUAUUCUCAAGAAUAUGAUGAUCAUCAAUCUAAUUACGAACAAAAACAUUUGAAGCAAGAUGUUGAGUAUGAUGAUGAUGAUGAGGAGGACGAUCCCGAUUAUGACGUUAACGACAAGGAGCAAGAAUUAAAAUUAAAGGGAAUAAUUAUUCCCAAAUAUAUACGUCUUCGUGGAUUACCUUGGUCGGCUAGACAUCAAGAAAUAUUAGAUUUUUUAAAAAAUGUUAAUGUAAUUGACGGUUCCAAGGGCAUACAUUUAGUGACUAAUCGUUGGGAUGGAAAGAACACUGGUGAAGCUUAUGUCGAAGUGGAGAGUGCAAAAGAUGUAGAGGAAGCACGUAAAUUGAACAAAGCAUCUAUGGGACAUCGGUAUAUAGAAGUGUUUACUGCUUCUUCUAAGGAGGCAAAGGAAGCCAUGCGUAAAACUAGUAGUCAUGGUAUGUCUUACGUUGUCAAGUUACGUGGCUUACCCUAUGCUGUAACGGAGCAGCAAAUCGAGGAAUUCUUUAAUGGGUUGGAAAUCAAACCGGAUCGGGAGGGGAUUCUUUUUGUUAUGGACAGAAGGGGUCGUGCAACAGGGGAAGCAUUUGUUCAGUUUGAAAGCCAGGAAGACACUGAACAAGCCUUGGGACGAAAUCGGGAAAAAAUUGGGCACAGGUACAUUGAAAUUUUUCGCAGUUCUUUGGCUGAAUUAAAACGUGCAGCAUCAGGUAAUGGACGACCCAGUCCAUAUGAUAUUAGAGACCGUGGGGGAAACCGUGGCAACGAUUAUGGACGCAACAAUAUGCGCGGUAACAAUGAUUGGGGUGGCAAUGGUGGCAAUGGUGGCAGUUUUGGCAUCGGUGCCAAUAACACUUUGGGAUUCAAUAACUUGCCCGGACUAAUGAAUUCUGGAAAUUUUGGAAAUAGUUUUGGGUCUAACAAUGGCAACGGUGGAAAUUUUGGCAACAAUUUUGGAAAUAACGGAGGAGGUUUCGGCAAUGGAAAUAACAACAAUAGUGGUUUCGGUGGCAAUAAUCGUUUUAAUAAUAGUAAUGGAAACUUUGGAAACGAUUUUGGAGAUUUUAAUAAUUUUGGUAAUAAUCGAAAUUUCAACAACGGCAAUGGCAAUAACAAUGAUUUUGGUGGUAACAAUAUGCGUGGUAAUAACGGCAACAAUUUCGGAAAUAAUAAUUUUGGUAACGGCAAUAAUAUGGGAAGCAGUGGAUUUAAUGGUAACAAUCAUGGUAAUAACUUUGGACCA